AUGUCGAUGAAGAUGAAGGGCCUGUUGAAGGGCCUGCGGCACAUCUCCCACAUAUUCGGUACGCCCGCGACCCCCUCUCUACCCCACGAUCGAUCGACCGACCAUCUCCGCCAUUGCGGGCGCUCCCAGUCUAGUCUCACGUCUCCCCGCGCGCAGACGCCAAGGAGCAGGAAAUGCAGAUUGGCUACCCGACGGACGUGAAGCACGUCGCCCACAUCGGCUGGGACGGCGCCUCUCUGAACUCCCCCAGCUGGGUCUCUGCUCGCCGCCACGUCCUUCCUCCUCCUCCUCCGCCGCCUGGCGAUCUAAUCCGCUCUUCUCGCCGCCGCAGAUGAACGAGUUCCACUCUGCGCCGCUUGCGACUGAGCCCGCGGCGGACCCGCCUCCCCUGUUCCCUAUGCCAGGGUCCUACGGUCUGUCUGUCUGAGACCGAUCCACUCCUCCGUCACCGUCACCCUGCACGAACCCCUCCCCCCGCCGGUUGGCCGACUGACUCUGCUCGCUCCUGUUCCUCGUGCAGAUCCCGUCCACCAUGGUGGGUGGAACCAGGACUCGGCGCACCCGCCGGCCCUCGCGAAGCCCCUGCGGUGCGGGUCAUCCAGUGCCGCCGCCGUCGUGGAUUCGCCGACCCGCAGGAACCCCCAUCGAAGGAAGCAGCCCAGCGCCGCCGUGGCCGUGGACUCCCCGAGUCGGGAGCCGUCGUCGACGCGGAGGCGCGCCCCCAAGGGAAGCAGCAGCGAAGCCAAGUCGGGGAUUGUCGUCACCCACCCCACCGACUCGCCCAGGCAGGACCUCCCUCUGGUACCCAGAACUGCCCGCAAGAAGAAGCCCCUGGCAGAGGGUCACGGGGGGUCGUCCAGGGCUUGGGUCCCAUCGUCGGAUGGCGCGGGGAUGGCAACGCCGGCGGCGGGAGGCGCCGAUGAUUCUUCCGGAGCGGGGGAGAGUUAG